AUGAAUGACAAAUCGUUUGAUUAUGGAGAAUGUCUUGAGAAUUAUGACCCUGAUAUUGACUAUGAGAUAUUGGACCACAAUGAAAGCUACCUUGAAAAUACAUCUGAAAUUUCAUCUACUCCAAAGACCACAACAGAUGAAAGUGUAAUGACUGAUCAUGAGUAUGCUAGUAAAGACUUCACAUUUGAUGAAAGGGCACUAAAUCAUGCAAAAAAUUUUGUAAUAUCAACUACUGAACAUUUAGAGCAAGACGAAAAUAAUAUUAAUGCUAUCGAUUAUGAAAUAGAGGAUGAUUCAGAUACUAACACUAAUAAUCUAGAAAAAGAUAAACAAUAUGUUGUUGUUGAUUAUCAGGAGAGACGUUUUCAACAUUGUUUGAAUAAUAUACAUAGACAAAUUAAACAGCUCAUAGGUACUUGGGAACUAGACUUUUAG